AUGCGAGUCUCUGCCGAAGAGCUGGACCUGGAACCUGCCGUAUAUCUCAGGGAAGGAAGUGAUCUAAUGGCGCAGUUACGAGACCAACUUAUCAUGCUCCCAGAAAUUGAGGAACCGACCCCAGAGUGUAACAUUGACGAAGCUAAUGUCGGAGUCCCGGGAGGGAUCCUGAAACGCCAUCGCAGCAUCUUCCUGGGAGAUGGCAACGCAGCUCCAGACCCGGCUAAGGGCGUAGUCUCUGACAUCGACGUUGGAGAAGCAAAACCAGUGGCUUUACGUGCGAGGCAGAUUGCCGCACCUUUCUUGGUGAAGGUGUUUGAACUCCUGAAGAAGUUGUUGGAGGCAGAGCUCAUUGAGCAUUCAGAGUCCGAGUGGUCAUCGCCUAUUGUGAUUGUGCUGAAGAAAAACGGCAUAGACAUCCGAAUGUGUAUUGACUACCGACUUCUGAAUCUGCUCAUAAAACUAUCUCGCUAUCCUCUACCCUUGAUCGAUGACCUGCUGGUAGACAUCAAAUCCGCGAUGUGGUUUAUGAGUCUCGAUAUGGCAAGUGGAUUCUGGGCGGUGCGAAUGACCGAACGUGCGAAGUUGAUCUCUGCGUUCGUCUGCCCGUUCGGCCACUUUCAAUGGUUCAGAAAGCCCUUUGGAUUGAAGAAUGCGCCGUUGCUUUAUCAGAGUAUCAUCAACAACUGUCUGUGGGGAUUCGUCCGUCUACCUCCUGAAGAGGAAGCGAUGGUUGACCCAGAAGUUCUUAAGUUCCUGAAUCUCGAGCCUCAAGAAGCCCUGAAACCUGAAGUGGAUAUGCGGAAUUCAGAGAUUCCUUCAUUGGACAUGACUAUAUUCCAACGCAACAUCCCGGCUCCAUCACAAAUGGGUCCAGUCUUAGGAAGAAGCUCGUAUAUUGACGAUAUCGCGCAUGGGGCGUCGACCUGGGACCAACUAUGUGAAGACCUGGACGCGUUGUUACGAUACUGGAAUAUCUCUGUGAGCUUACCGAAAAGUGAAUUCGGAAAGUUGACCAUCCCAUUCCUCUCUCAUGAAGUGAGUGCGGAUGGAAUCAGAGCCUUGCCGAAGAUUGUCAAAGGCAUAGAGGACUUACCUUUCCCGUCGACGUACAAGGGAGUGCAGUCCUUCUUAGGAAGUCUGAAUUAUUACAACAAGUUUAUUGAAGAUUUACCAGUAGUUGCCGCUGUGCUCUACGAACUAGAUGAGGAACGUGUACGUGCUGGCCGGAACCUAGAAGCCGCAAAAGAGUCUUUCGAGAUACUGAAACGGUGGCAGGUUGUGAAAGCUGAAGGGCACAUCCUUGAAGGUGUGACAGUCAACGAUGCUGAAUACCAUGGUUUGAUUUUGGGAUUAAAGCUCGCUAUGAAGUAUGAAGUCAAGGAGCUUGUGGCAGUCGGUGAUUCCCGAAUCGUCGUUCAACAGGCUCAGGGUCUGAUCAAUUGCAACCCGCCUAACCUGCAACGACGCUUAGCUGAGUGUGAGGAUCUCAGGAAGGAUUCUGUGUCGGUGAAGUUGAUUCAUGUUAAACGUGAGUUGAACCAAGCGGCCGGCUACUUGACCUCUAUGACUCUCGUGCUUAGAGAAUCCUGGGAGCUCGAUGACCCCGAUGAAAUUGUGCAUUUACGUCUCGUAUCUAGAAUUCCUGAAAAGAUCAUGAAGCCUUCGGAAAUUCCAGGUACCCCUGUGACCGAUGCGGUUGACUCGGAUCAAGUCAAACUUGAAGUGGAUAGUCCUGAUACCGGGAUACCUGAGUCUUUAGCUACCGCGGCUGAAGCAUUGAUGGUGAUGACGAGGUCACGAACGGAAGCGGACGCAGGUUCUCGGACUCCUGUAGACCAGUCCGGAUACCAGGAUGAACGUUGGAGGAGAAUUAAGGUUCACCAAGACGAAGACUUGUGGAUUCAGCAAAUGAAGAAGGUCCUAAGAGGAGAC